AACUGCCGCUGUCAACGCACAGUAGCAAACGAACACAGGCGAAAGCAAAAGCGUUGCUGCUCACCACUCAUUUCACUGCAGUCUCGUCUUCAAAUUCCAGACAGUCAAAAUGUCUCUGCUCCCGUUGCUUGUGAAUUUGCAACAGCAACUUCCUACAGUCAUGAAACUGUACGACCAGAACUUCGGAAUGGGCCUCUUGGACGAAGAGCUGCCCCUGGCCUUGCACGGCGGCUACCCCGCCCGUCCCUGGAGGUGCCUUAGUAGCGGCGUGUCCACCGUGGCCCGCAAGAGCAGCGAUUUCCACGUUAAUCUGGACGUGCAGCAGUUCAAACCCAAUGAGAUCAACGCCAGUGUCGAGGACAACUUCCUUAUCAUCGAGGCCAAGCACGAGGAGAGGCAGGACCAGCAUGGAUUCAUCACCAGAGAGUUUGUGCGCAAGUACAAGCUGCCAGAUGACUUGGACAAGACCAAAGUGGACUGUAAGCUCUCCUCUGACGGCGUCCUCACGGUCACAAUCCCCAAAUUGAGCGCGGAGGUGCCCAAGGCCCACAUCAUCAACAUUCAAGUUACCAACCAGCCAGCCCUGCGGACGGAGAAGGGCGAGAAGGAGGAGAAGAAGAGCGAGCAGGAGGAGAAGAAGAGCGCCGAGCAGGGGAAAGAGGAUAAGGCGGAGGGGAAAGAGGAUAAAGCGGAGAAGAAAGCGGAGAAAACGAAAAGUACCUGAAUGGGAAAAUAUUUAUCCCUCAAAAUAGCGACAGCCACAUUUUUCCAAAGGAGAUAUUAAGACUGUGUUUAAAUCAGCAUGGUUAUUUUUAUUCUCACCAUAUAGCAAUUAAAAUUCAACUAUCUCAUAAACUAAUAAGAAGUAAUGAAAUUGUUUUCACUUGUCAUUGCUGCUUGUAUACUCCACAUGAGUUAUUUUUGUGUGGAUUUUGUGUAAGGCUUAAUAAACUAAUAAUUGGGUACAAUA